CUUAUCUUCAUAUGGAGGUAGUUUCGACGAAAUGGGCGAUCAACUCUUCCAAGAACUUACCGCCAACAUCUCUAGUAGAAUUCACAGGGAUGUUAACGGGUUUUACGCCAAGUACUUUGAGCGUGCGAAUCGAGUAUCUGAGUCACGAGAAUCGUGGACCUCCUCACCGAAAUUCUCAAUACGAUCUGAAGAUGGCCUUCUCAUGUGGUUGAACGCGACGCAGGCCGUUCAACACGGACGAAUGACGGAGUGGUGUCUAGCGACGCCAUCGUUGAGCCCGCCAUAUUGCCGUCAACACAUUCGGCUUGUGCUAGCGAACUAUGCCGAGAAGGCACUUGAUCCAGCAUGGCCACACGUUCAGGCCCUCGGUUAUUUCCAUGAUGCGUCCAACUGUUCUUGGCAGACCAUGUUUCUGGACCUUUGUGAACAAGCUCGUCAUGUCUUUGUGCAUCAGCCAGCUCGUAUGUUUCUCCACAGCUUCAUUAUUAAAGAUAACUCUAUUGAGCCUUGGAUUUUCGACAGAGCGGGGGUCUACAGCGGUGGCUUUCUCAACGCCGACUACGAUUUGGAGCGCAUCAAGGACUUGUUGGCAUCCUACACAGUCAUGGAUCCUGACGAACUGGGCGUCAGUCCAUGGCCCGAGCUAUCAAACCUGGGCGUCAAAUACAUCACGAUGAGCAGCGGCGAGCGUUUAGUUCUCGACGAGUCACCUCUUUGCCAAGAUUCGGAUCUCCUCGGCUCGGGUCUUGUAGUGUACAAAGGCAAGACAGAAUCCUCCGACACCUGGGAUUGGGCUUGUAAGGUCAAAUGGGAACACAAGCGCGUCAACGUUCCGGGAGAGGAAAUAACACUGAAACUUGCAACAGACAGGAACGUGUGGGGAGUCACGAAGCUUGUUGAUUUUCAGGCGCUCACGUCUAUUGCCAGUCUCCGAGAGGGCCUUGGGUUUGACUCGGUGAGGCCUGUCUCAUUGUCGAACGGCAGUGACGAUGCAGCGAUGAAAUUUGAAUUGCAAAACAUGACGCUUUCGUGUUUUGUCACAUCCCCACUCGCAACGGAAUUAAGCGAGUUCACGAGCGUACGCCAGCUAUUGGGAGCCAUAGUCGACUCAAUCAGAGCCCAUGAAUCUCUUCACUCGAACAACAUACUGCACCAAGACAUCUCAGCUGGAAAUAUCAUGAUUUCUGGGAGUAGUGCAUCGCAAUCUGGCAAAGAACCAAGAGGUAUACUGAUCGACUUCGGCCUCGCAAUGGAGCUGGAUGAUAUCUUGCCAGAUGGCAGGACCGCUCAUGGUAGUCGACUCUUCAUGUCAAUCGGCGUGAUGAACCGCAAACACCACACCUAUCGCCACGAUCUUGAGUCUUUCUUGUAUGUUUUUAUCUGGAUGGCAGUGCGUGGUAAUACUGAGGAGCUACCCGAUACGAGCAUUCUUCGCAACUGGUCAAAACCCGACUUUGGAGAGCGAAUCUCAUACAAGACGCAGGACAUGAGUAAGCCAGGAUUCGAAAAGGUAUUGGAUGAGUUUUUGCCUCGAUUCGAAGGUGUGAAAGAGCUUGCGCGUGAGCUGCGCACGAUACUCUUCCGGACAGACGGAGUGGACGAACCGCUGUGGACCGAAACGAACACGGGAGAAGCCGCGACACGAGAGCUUUACGGCGGGAUCAUUAGUGCCUUCAACAAGGCGAUCGCAAAGAUACCUGCAUCAAUUUGAGCUGCAGAGAGAACGGACGCAACUGCGUUCGAGGCCUAGACAGAGAUCGAAUUUGCACCAUGACAGGACGUUCUUGUCGUCGCGUGAUGGCGUCUGCUCGUAUCACGCUUUUGUUUUCAUGGAGGAUUCUACCCGUCAUUAGUUCACACCGUAUUGCAGUCUUGUUGAAACCUGCCC